AUGAGACGAUGUGAUUGGCUGCUGCACGCCAACAUGCACCAUCAUCUGACAUUCGGAGGUUUGUCAGCUUUGAGCGAUUUGUUGGACGGAAAAAUAGCAAUUAUGCUGAAAAGUGAAGCAGGUGGUAAAAAUGGGUAUUAUGUCAAGAACAUGGUGUCCUUUCAACUGCUAACAGCCCUGCUAGCCCUCCAUUGCACAAUCCCCACUAUAUCGGCCUCCGAGGAACUAUUAACAAAGGCUCUGCAGUUCGGCACCACAGUUGGUGAUUACGUCAGGUUUCCACCUAAUAUGAGCCAGGUCAAAGACUCCCUAACGGUGUGUUCAUGGGUAAAGAAACAGCUGACUGGCACCUACAGAGACUGGUUUAACUACAAAACGUCCACACACGGGGAUGAGAUCCUAAUAUCAGAUGGUGGUUCGCACAACUACAUUCACGGUGACAGCAUCGGCGUGGAAAGUGCUGUUAAAGUACAUCUUGGUACAUGGACUCAUCAAUGUCAAAGCUGGUCGACGAGCUCUCCGGAAAUAAAGACCUACUAUAAUGGUACUCUGAUAGGAUCUAAAAGUGUUUCCUCAGCUCCAUUAGAAGAGGGGGGUGUCAUCACUUUGGGACAAGACAGCAGCCCACAUAACCAUGAAUUAUUCGGUGGGCAGCUGAUGAAACUGGAGGUUUUUGGAAAAGUGCUCAGUCAAGAAGAAGUAGCGGAGUUGUUUAAUAGCGGGAGAUGUUCUGAUGUAGAAAAGAAGCACCAGGAAGUCAGGUUCAUCACCUGGGAGAGCAUACUGAGUCAAGACAGGACUGGCAAUGUCACAGAGGUGGACUCUGGGUGUCCUGCUGAAGAGGAGGAAGAGGAGGAAGAAGAGGAAGAUUGUGACUGCAUUCAUAGUAUAUGGGACAUACUGUAUGAUCAGACCUACUUAAAUCAAACACUUACCGCCGAGAAACUGACAGAGCUAAAAUCCGCCUGGAACAUGUUGGAACAUUUUGUCGGGACACCGAUCACGGAGAACAUCAUAUCUCAUUUCAAAGCCUACCAUCCUAUGCCUGCGGAGGAAGAGAACGAAGAAAAAGAAGAGGGAGAUUGUGAGUGUACUCGCAGUAUUUGGCACAUACUAAAUGAUCAGACUUACUUCAACCAAACACUCACCGCCGAGAAACUGACCGAGCUAAAAGCUAACUGGAACAUGUUGGAUCAUUUCGUCGGCACACCGAUCACGGAGAAUAUCAUAGCUUAUUUUAAGGCGUACCAUCCUAUGCCGGCAGAGGAAGAUGACAGCAGCUAGAGGAAAGAAAGCAAGGGAGAGCAUUA